GUUGAGAGUCGAAGGCUGAAUAUAGAGACGCAACCGGAUGUAGCCGUAAGUCUUCUGACAGCUGAGAGGACGGUUAGCACUUAGCAUUCGAGCUAACGUGAUUUAAACCUUCAAAUCCUUUAUAUUUUAAAGGUUAAUUCAUAUUUUUAUUCGACAACACCAAAGAGCAAACAUGAUUAAAGCCAUCUUGAUAUUCAACAACCACGGGAAGCCGCGGCUGAUCAGGUUUUAUCAGUAUUUUGCGGAGGACAUGCAGCAGCAGAUAAUUCGGGAGACUUUCCAUCUGGUUUCUAAAAGAGACGACAACGUCUGCAACUUCUUGGAGGGUGGAAGUCUCAUCGGCGGCUCCGACUACAAGCUGAUCUACCGACACUACGCCACGCUCUACUUUGUUUUCUGCGUCGACUCGUCUGAGAGUGAGCUCGGCAUCCUGGACCUGAUCCAGGUGUUUGUGGAAACGCUGGAUAAAUGCUUUGAAAACGUCUGUGAACUGGACCUGAUAUUCCACAUGGACAAGGUGCAUUACAUCCUGCAGGAGGUGGUGAUGGGGGGCAUGGUGCUGGAGACCAACAUGAACGAGAUCGUUGCCCAGGUGGAGCUGCAGAACCGCAUGGAGAAGUCAGAGGGCGGUCUAUCGGCGGCCCCCGCUCGCGCCGUCUCCGCCGUGAAGAACAUGAACCUGCCUGAGAUGCCCCGCAACAUCAACAUCGGAGACAUCAACAUCAAAGUGCCGAGCCUCUCCCCGUUCUGAGGCGGCUCCCCGCAGAGCUCGGCGGGGCUCUGAUGCCGCCGCCGGCCCUCCACCCAUUUCUGCUGAGAGAAAACACUUUUAUACGGCAGCUUAAUCCUGUCCCGCUCACUCCUCACGCAGCCUCCGAGUCCUUCUGUGGGACUGCAGUUGAAGGAUUUGCACAAUAAUGUAAAGUUUGAUUCUUUAAAGCGUCGGUAAUGUUCGUGUGUUUGUGUUUCCUGCUGUGCUCUGUGUUAUUUCUGCUCUCCUUUCUGCACAAUCUCAAACAUUCAUCAGCGUCCAAGGUUUCAAAACGUUCCCCGAGUGUUUGGACUCGGCUCAGUUCCCUGUAAUCCGACCUCUUGGCUUCUGCAUCGGGUUAUUAUUUCUCACACAGACCUCCUCUGCGUGGCUCUGGUCACCAUUCAUCGUGCCCUCGCUGUAAUGCACGGUGUCUCCGGACGUCUUUGUGCUUCUGUGAAUAUGUUCUGGUUCUCCUGGGUGCAGGUUGUGCUUGAAGCCAGGUUCAAUGUGCUGCGAUCGGAUCCGUCCAACAUCUGUUACGUGUUUGUACAAAGUGUCUUAUUGUUGGUAUUAGUGGUGGAAAAGAUUGUAGCCAAACGGUGGUAGCCAUUGUAAAGACAUUCCUUGCCAUAGUAAACAAUAAAAACUCAAAUCCC